AUCUUACCUACUGUUUUUAUUGAUUAUAAUGAAAUACUUAUAAUACUUGUAAUACUUUCUAAAGAAGGCUGUAAGCGAACCUGGCCUCUGGACCAUAUGUUCAAAAAUAUACAAAUAUCACAUAGUUCUCCCAUAAUCUUUGAUUUGACAGAUAUUCACAGCAGAUAUCUUGUCAUUAUAAACAUAAAUAUGGACUUUCAUAAGAAUGUUGUGCAUAGUAAUACUUCACAGUCUCAAAACAAUAAAUCAGUUGAAGGCAUAAGAAAACAGUGAGGCAAAGAAUGAUGUAACCAGGAAGUAAAGCAGUUUAUUAGGGUUAAAGUGUACUGUAUGUAAAGUGGGUCAUACUGCUCUGUCGAGUGUAAAUAAGAAUUUUAAGCUACUGAACGACAUUCUCUUGUAUAUGCGAUAAUCAUGCAGACAAGUGUGCUUAAAAAUGCAUUUAGGACUAGCAAAGGGUGCAGCCUCGCAUCUCUCUACAGGAUGUCCUACAUAAAGCCUCAAAAAAUUGCUGCUGCUCAGAAAACAUACUUAACAAAAGUACAUGGGCUGCCAAACAUCACUCCCUUGGUAAGUUCGGUAGAGGAGACACCUGAGCCCAUCCCCACCACAGUUAAAGGCACCAUCCCAACCUGGAUCCAUGGGAGUCUGCUGCGGAAUGGUCCGGGAAAGUUUGAGUUUGGGAAUCAACACUAUAACCACUGGUUUGAUGGCAUGGCCUUGAUGCAUCGCUUUCAGAUCGAGGAUGGUCAGGUGACAUACAGAAGCCGUUUUCUGCGUAGCGACUCGUAUAAGCAGAACAGCGAGAGGAACCGCAUCAUGGUGUCAGAGUUUGGCACUUUGGCUCUACCUGAUCCCUGCAAGAACUUUUUUCAACGCUUCCUGUCCAGAUUUGAGAUAAAGCCAACAGAUAAUGCCAGUGUCAACUUUGUUAAAUACAAGGGUGACUAUUAUGUCAGCACAGAGACAAACUACAUGCACAGAGUGGAUCCAGAUACUCUGGAGUCCAAACAGAAGGUGGACUGGAGCAAGUUCAUAGCUGUGAAUGGUGCUACUGCUCAUCCACACAUUGAUCCAGAUGGCACAGCUUACAACAUGGGCAACUCAUACGGAAACAAAGGGGCUUUCUAUAACAUCAUCAGGGUGCCCCCAGAAAGAGACAGUCCAAAGGAUACUCUAGAGGGAGCCAAGAUUUUAUGCUCUAUCACCCCUCUUGACAAAUCCAAACCCUCCUAUUAUCACAGCUUUGGCAUGUCAGAGAACUAUGUAGUGUUCAUCGAGCAGCCCAUUAAGAUGGAUCUGUUUAAGAUAGUGACUGGUAAACUUAGGGGGAAAUCGCUAAAUGAAGGUGUUUACUGGGAACCCAACCAGGAAACCAUAUUCCACCUGAUUGACAAACAAACUGGAAAGGAGUUGCCAGUGAAGUACUACACCAAGGCCUUAUCCACCUUCCAUCAGAUCAAUGCUUUUGAGCAGGAUGGAUUCCUCAUGUUAGACAUGUGCUGCUCUGACGACGGCCAGGCUAUAAACAACUUCCUCAUCCAGAACCUGCGUCAAUCAGGAGAGGGACUGGAUGAGAUGUAUAACACCAUGUGCCGACCGCUUCCCCGUCGUUUUGUGCUUCCUCUCAACAUCAACAGUGAAACACCACUGGAAAAGAAUCUCAACACACGGCCUGACAGCACUGCCACCGCUGUCUGCCGUACUAAAAACCAGGUGUUUUGCACAUUUGAGGACCUCCAUGGUGAAGACCUGAAAGACUAUGGUGGCUUGGAGUUUCCCCAUAUUAACUACGCCAAAUAUAACACCAAACCUUAUAGAUACUACUAUGGUUGUGGCUUCCGCCACCUAGUGGGUGACUCCUUAAUUAAGAUGGAUCUGGAGAGCAAACGUUUCAAGGUAUGGCGCCAACCUGAUCUCUACCCAUCAGAGCCUGUCUUCAUUCCUUCACCCAAUGCUGAGGAAGAGGACGAUGGAGUCAUCCUGUCUGUAAUCAUCACACCAGUUAAGGAUAAGCGUACAUUUCUAUUAGUCCUAGAUGCCAAAGCGUUUGAAGAGCUGGGAAGAGCUGAAGUGCCUGUCAACAUUCCUUAUGGAUUCCAUGGAGUCUUCAAUUCCAGUGCAUGAAGCUCCUGGUACCUCUCCAACGAAAUAACAACAAAUGACAAGUAGCUCUUCAAAAUGGUCAAUACACCACUUAGCUUCUACUGUUGAAAGCAAGAGACUAACAGAAUAAUAUUUCUAUCAAAUUAGUCCAAAGAGAUCCUCCACGGAUUGAUCUCAUAUUUUUAAAAAAGAACAACACAUACUUUAUAAACUAGUUAGUUCUCUGUGAGAAAUUCGACCUUAACUAAAAUACAACAAACAAGACUUUAAAUUUGAAUUAACAAUUUUACAACUUUAAUUAAAAUAAGACCAUUUACUGAAACAAAGUCGCAAAAACAGCUUACACAUUACUGAUGCCUAUUUGGUGUUAUGUAAUAAGGAGGAAGUAGAACAGAUACUAUCAUUUCUAAACAGCAGCAGAAGAUGCUAUUGUUUGUAUUUAACAAUAAGAAUAAUAAGAUGGGGAGCUGCAAACAUUGUGUUGUCUCUGGCUCCAGCUUUAGAAUGAGUGGAUUGUUUUUUAGACUUGUCAGAAUGUAAUACAGGCUUUGCAAAGAGAACUUUAUAUGCAGAAAAAAACCCCCAGCUUGUUUAAUCCUGGAUCAGAAAGAGAAUGGUAAUGUAACACUAAAUUAUGUUUUUUGGUGCAAGAAACAUUUACUAAACACUAUGGUGAUAAAUACUUUAAAAAAUAUGACCCUAUUAAAAUCAGCAAGAUGAUAGUGUUGAAAGCUCACACAGUUUUGAUACAUAUUUGAUUUCUCAAUACAUUUAUUUUCUCUUCUUCUGUUUUUAUUUUUUAAAUUGUGGACUGUAUGUUUAUACCACAAUAUGACACCUUUGCAAUGUUUGCAACUGAUUUUAUUUGCUUAAUAUAGCAUCAGUUAUGAAUUGUGUGUUUUAUUAUACAAGGCUCUUCUCUUCUGGUUAAUAUUUGCUGUUAGGAUUUUCAUACCUCCAUCCUUAAAUAAGAAAACAAGUUCAUUUCAUUGAAUGUAACUCCGAAAGGUGCAAUAUGUAAUAAUUUAGCAGUAAAAUAUCCAAAAACCACUAAGCCCGUGUUAUAUAUUUUGUUCACUUGAGUACUUAAAAUAUCCCAAAUGUUUGCAACUAUUUGUAAAUCGUGAGAAAAUUGCAAUUUUGCUCCGGGACGUGUGAGGAGUCGCCUGUCAAUUCGUCAUACCCGCGUUCCCCUCAGUUUCCGGAUUAAUUUAGUAAAAACCAUGGAAAUAACAAAGAUGCUUUAAUAUAUUACAUGUUUUAAUAGACAAGGGAACAACUGUUUGGUUACGUUUAUAGACAGAAAACGAAUUGUUGUUAUAAAGCUCAACACGUUUAGUCUUACUGUUUAAAUCUAAUUUUUUGUGAGUACCAUGCUUUACCAUGCCUCAGAGAAAAACACUAUUUUGUCAAGUGGCUAACAUAAUCAGAUGCAGCUUUAUUUUAGUAACAGUAAUACAGAAUUUUCUCCAUCAUACAAUACGUUUUAAAAUUAAUUGCAUGCUAUUUAUCAACACAAGCCAUCCAGAAUUUAUUAUUAUGAUAUUCUAAAAUCGAUCUAUCUUACUGCAGUGUGCAACAAGUGUCUCACAGCAGCCGCCGAGCGAACACACAAAGUAACGUUAUAACAUAAUUUUCAGCACACUCAAAUGAAUCUAAUAUGAUAAACAGAGCUGUGUUACCUCAUACUCAUGACCGGAAAAGCGGAAGCAGCGCCGGCGACUGUGGCAUAAUAAAAGUUCCGCUGCUCUUGAGGCGUGUGUUGUGCAAUCGCUCCAGCGGCCUCGUUCAGCUCCCACAACACUCGGUCCUGCUCUGCUUCAUACUACAGUAACGUUAAUAAUCGCAUCCAUGAACAUGAUUUCUUCCCGAGUCCUAUCCCGAUUGUUUCCACCGGCUGUGAUGUGAAGACCACAUGUCCCAAGAUUUCGCUACGCCUUUGUUUUGAAUAGGCCUCUAGCGGACAUAAAAUAUUACAUAUUGCACCUUAAGGCAGAACAGUUUUUGUAAAUAAAAAAAGGUAAAACCCAGAAGUGCCAUAAAGCAUAAUUAUCAUUUCGGUUAAAUGACAAGAUUAUCAUCAUCAUAUUGUAUCAACUUUCUACCUCUUUGCAAAGACUGCUUCUCUUGUGUUUUACGCCUUUUACUUUUUAACUUUAUAUAAGUUAAAUUUGUUCCAUUUAUUAUGUAUUGUUUUUUUGUUUUAAAAUUUCUCAUUUGUAACUUGAUAAUUACUGUGAUAAAUAUUUUCACACAAUAUUUUGUAUGCUAUCUGCUGCAUGGUUUAAUUCAGUCCACUUUUAUAAAAACAUUCACAAAGCAA